AUGCCUUAUCACAAAAAUAAAUCAAACUUUUCAGAUGUUUCCAUCCUCAUACUUCCGAAUGAAAUAUUGUAUAUAAUAUUUGAGGAAUUCGACGUGCCAUCACUUAUUAGCCUGAGUAACGUGUGUAACUUGUUUAAGGAAAUCGCAAGAAUUUAUCUCGCCAUCGCGUUCAAGAAUGAGAACCUCAGUCUACUACUUGGAUUCGAGCAAGAACAUAAAUGGUACUUCAAUGUAGACUUCGUGUUCGACGGUAUAUGCAAAAAAAAUGGAAAUUUCGUGUUUAAACCGAGACAAGAAACACCUUUGAAAUUCUUCAAUUCCUCCGUAUUGAAUAAUCCCACACUUUGGCGAGUACUCCUAAACACGAGCAAAGAACAUCAUCACUUAGACGAGACCAACAAUUCUUCGCCAAUGGCUGGCCCAUCUGGGACCAACACAAAUAUGCUGCAGAAAUCUUGCAAAUUAUCGGUAAAGACACCAAACAGCAUUUGUCAAAAAACGAAAGUAGUUUACCGAGUUGGAAAUGGUUCAUCUCAUCUCAAGGUUCCAUACAAAUUCUCUUACUCUGUCACCGAGAGUGCACAAAAAACGCGGGCGGGCGAACGGUGGAUCGUACCACAGUCGUUUGAAUGCCCAUCGAGUUUCUUUUAUCCCAAUGAGGCGAUCGCUCACAGAAUCGUUAUGUCCAUAAUAAAAUACAAAUCCACGAAAAAGUCCACAACAGAAAUAAUAUCCAUAAAAGGCAAAGAACGUGUCACUUCAUUACCUCAACCACAGGAAGUAAUAAUUACGCAAGGAGAGCCUCCAAGGAAGCCUUCGAGGUGGAUGAGUGGCGCAAGAGGAAGCUACAAGAAAUCUUCAUCUCGAUAA